AUGGACACCAAAGAAAGCGAGGCAGAUGAAUCCAUGAAACCACAAGAGUUCGAGAAGGACGAAUCUACCACCGAUCCAAAACGCGAAGCACGCCUGAAAACCCUCACCACCAUGUUAGAAACGCUCACAACGCAAAUAGCCUCAACCGAGUCCAUGCUUGCAGAGGUCACCUCCAAACUGCAAAACAACCCAUCGACAACAGUGAAAAAACACAUCGACCUGCUACACGCGUACAACGAAAUCAAGGAUGUAGGUCUUGGGUUGAUGGGGCUGAUCGCUGAGGCGCGUGGGUGCAUUCAUUACACGUAUGAACGGGAGUACUGCGGGUUUAUCAUCAGGGAGGACUAA